CUAACGUUUGUGGAAUCGUGACAAAAUAUUUCACGGGAUUGUGAAAUAGACAAUAUUUAAAUGGGUGAUUCCGAAGAGAAAACGGGAGACUCCGUUCCAGAUGCUGUUUGGCCAGAGGAUGGGGAUCAGUGGAGUGACCGAGGAGAAGAUGAAUGUGGGCUGUUACAGGAAAUGGCAGAGGAGGAUGAGGAGAUUGAUCUCUACAACGAGGAGACGUUUGGCUUAGAUGCAAGCGUUGAAGGGCAAGAGGCUGACCCUAUGGAUCUUCUGCUGUUGUGUGGUGAGAACUCCCCAACGCUGAGGUCUUCACCCCGCAGCUCUCCUUCCCCUCUCAGUUUCCCUUCACCCUCCAAACCUAAACCUCCAGUUCAGUCCCAUUCUUCAACGGGCCGGUCUCAGAGAGGAAGAGUUGGUCGCGGCCAGUUGUUUGAUGACCCAGCUGUGGUGAAGACUGUUGAGGGUCGCCCGAGCCUGAAGAGUAUUGAUAGUGCCAUUGUGGACUGUAGCGUCAGCGCCUACUGGGAGGACCUCAACUCAAAUACUUGGAUGAUUUCCUCCAACAGACCAUCUGCUGCAUCUAUACUUCAGGACCAGGCAAUCGUUGGAGUGAUUGACCGAUCUGGCCAUAGCAGGGUCCCACCUGUGUCUCCAAACUUCAUGUCUCCUUUGCGACCUUUUUCCACCACUCGGGGCAGAGGAGGCCAACCUUAUGUUGGGGCCUUCAACCCGAGAUGUCGUUAUGAGGCACCAAUAAAUCCCAUGAUGCCUAGCUCUCCUUUCCGUCCCCAAAGACUCUUCACACCCCAGCGACAUUACAACCAGCCAGGAGGUUUCAUGUCACCUUCCCAUCCUCGUCUCUCUUCCCCCCUGCCGCUCACUCCCAAGCUCAUGCACCUACGUUUUGGGACGGACUCCCCCAGGCCGGCUCCAUUCUACAGUCCAUCCUCCAAUAUCAUGCAAGGCUUUAGACCUCCGGGUCCUGUCGCUCAGUUCCACCCCCAGCACAAACGGCUUUUGAGUCAAAGACAGCAGAGACCACACAGAAAGCCAGUGAGCUGGGACCCUUAUUCUCAGAUCAUGUCUGAUAAAGAGAAGGAGUGGAUAAUCCGACUGCAAAUGAUCCAACUACAGAGUGAAAAUCCACAUUUAGAUGACUACUAUUAUCAGGAAUACUAUCAGAGGAUGGAGGCAAAACUAGCUGAGGAGGAGAUGCUGGGAGACCGGUUAAAAAAGGAACCACCUAAACUCACAACCCCUUAUGUUACCAAAACAGACUUGUACAUCCCAGUUGUCCACAUUGAAGGGUCAUUAGGACAGGUCGCCGUGUCCACUUGUUUCUCUCCUAGACGAGCAAUUGAUGCCGUUCAUGCGCACACACCCGAUGAGGAACACAAAGACACUAGACUGCAAAGAUUGGAAGUGUUGAGCACCGUUGAAAAGUUGUUCAUAGUUUUGUUAGAGGUGGAAGAAGCAAAGAAAAUCAAGGCAACCGUGUCCAACAAAGAGGAGGAGAGGAGGUUAAUGCAGAACACGCAGAAAAAGGUCGAACGGAUCUAUAGCCGUCUACAGAGCCCUACUUUCUCGGAGUCCGGUGAGGAGUUUCUUUCCUCCCUGCUUAUUUCGAAAGGAAAGAAGAUGUUGGCGAGACUCCUCCCCUUUCUUUCACAUGAUGCUGCUCUGAAUAUUCUUGCUGCUGUGACCAAACACCUGCCAGAGUUAAUGAGCAAAGAUACAGAUGAGGCCCUGCCGGUUUUGUAUCCAUCCCUCCGCACCGUGGUGAGUGGUCUGACGUUUAGUCAGCUAAUCAGAAUUCUGAAAGAGUUCACCACACCGCUCCCUGACUCGAAAGAUACGCGGUUAACACUGGCCUGCCAGAACAAGUUUGGUCUGUCCCUGCUGUACGCUCUGCUCUCUCACGGAGAAAGACUUCUGUCUUCUGAACUUCCCAUGGAGCCCAGUAUUGGAGAUUUUGAAACCUGGACAGACACCGUAUUCCAUGUUGCCCGGCAACUCUCUCAGACGACACUUGUUGAACCCCUUCUUCUGCCCUCCAACCUGCUUACGCUCUUCUGUCGCUAUCUGGACAAGCGGACCGUCCAUCAGCUCAAAAGCAAUAUGGAAUCUGCUACAGGGUAUCUAGCUGUAGCGUCAUAAUUGUGACCACUGACCCCAUGAUCUCUCUUUAAAUUGACCUGAAACGUGGGACUGGUUCUCCUCACAGAAGAUAUCCAGCCAAGCUUUAUCCGUAUCCAUUAUUCUUAAAACUUCAUUGUUUACUUUCAACUUCUAUGCUGUCCAUCUGUAUACUGUCGGUCUGUCAGGGUUUGCUUUGCGCUCUAGAAAGCCUUUUGACACUUCAGUAUUUAGCAAAAAAGUGACUGACUUGGUCUUUAAUCAUGACCAUGAAAAGAUUAAUGAUGUUUGUUGCUGGUAAAGCUGAUCACUUUGGAUUUGUGGUCUGCAGGUCUCUUGGUGCGAGUUUUGGGGUUUAACGUAAAUUAUACUGUUGCACUUAAGGUGUCGGGUUUAAUUUAUAAUUAUGAAAACAUAUGUUAUUGAAGUCUAACUAUGUCUUUAAAAAGGUUUUGGGUGCCAAUUCAAGUGUAAAUUUGUGAUAAAUGUUUGCUGUAUAGUUUAUUUUUUUAUUUUGUCCUUUUUUCCCCCGAUUUAAAGCAACCCCAUGUCAAACUUAUAUUUUCACAGUUGCAGAGCACUUGCAAAAGAAAAAAUGAA